AUGCAACGACGACAAGCCUCGGAAACGUACGGAUUUACUGAUGACGACCCUAGCAAACGAAAUAAGGACAACGAAUUUCGAAUCUGCACGUGGAAUGUUAGGUCCCUUAACAGACCUCGUGCAGCCGAUCAAUUAGCGGAGGCCCUCGACUGCUAUAAGGCAGAUAUAACUGCCAUCCAAGAAAUGCGAUGGGAAGGGCCGGGCAAGAGAAAAUUGAAGACCCACGAUAUCUACUACGGCGACUGCAACCGGCAAAAGGGCACAUUUGGAUGUGGAUUUGCCAUCGGAGGUAGACCCAAGCAGAACGUCCUGAGUUUUAACUGUGUCAACGAGCGCCUCACCACGAUCCGCAUAAAGGCUACAUUCACCAACAAAAGCCUGAUAUGUGCUCACGCCCCCACGGAAGAGAAAGACGAUACCACCAAAGAUAAUUUCUACGAGAUCCUCGAAAAAACCUACGAUCAAAUCCCAAGCUACGACAUUAAAAUUGUCCUUGGUGAUUUUAAUGCAAAGCUAAGAAGAGAAGAUAUCUUUGGAAGCACAUUCGAAAAGCAUAGCCUGCACGACAACACAUCCGAUAACGGAUUCAGGCUAGUCGACUUUGCUGCGAGGCAAAAUGUUGUCAUAGCAAGCACGCGUUUCCCGCAUCUCAAGAUUCAUAAAGGGACAUGGAAAUCUCCAGAUCAAUCAACCGUCAACCAGAUUGACCAUAUUGCGAUCGACGCUAGGCAUUCCUCCAGUAUUAUGGACGUCCGCACGUUCCGAGGAGCCAACAUUGACGCUGACCACUACCUGGUUGUAGCCAAUGUACGGAUGCGGAUUUUAAGACCAUCGCCAACACAAGGAAAAACUGUGAGGAAGUUUAACGUCGGACGACUACAAUCGCAAGAGAUUGCCAGGUCCUAUUCCGAUCGCGUCUCGAAUUACCUCUUGAGAAGUCCUACGCCGCCAGCAGCAAGUAUAGAUAACCAGUGGCAGCACUGCCAAGAAGCCAUUAGAGAUGCCGCCUCUGAAGUGCUGGGAUGCUAUAACAGGAAUGAAGUUCGUAAGUUUUACCAGAAGGUAAAAAGAACAUCUCAGGGGUAUAAACCUAGAACUGAAGCCUGUAGGGACCAACACGGAAACAUCGUAGUAGAGACGCAAGCGAUGCUGAGAAUAUAG